GGCCAGCGACUCAGUAGCCGGAAGUCAUCCGAGCUGAAGCUGUGGCCACCACCACCGAGCGUGACAUCAGUCCUCUGCAGUUAGCAGCCAGUAUGGCAGAGCGUGCAGCGCUGGAGGAGCUAGUGCGACUUCAGGGAGAGCUUGUACGGGGACUGAAACAGAAGAAGGCCAGCGCCGAGCAGAUCGAGGAGGAGGUGGCAAAACUACUGCAACUGAAGGCACAGCUGGGCCCUGAUGAAGGGAGACAGAAGUUUGUGCUCAAAACUCCCAAGGGCACAAGAGACUACAGUCCCCGGCAGAUGGCAGUUCGGGAGAAGGUGUUUGAUACAAUCAUCAGCUGCUUCAAGCGCCAUGGUGCAGAAGUCAUUGAUACGCCUGUGUUUGAACUAAAGGAAACACUGACUGGCAAGUACGGGGAAGACUCUAAGCUUAUCUAUGACCUGAAGGACCAGGGUGGGGAGCUGCUGUCCCUUCGCUAUGACCUCACUGUUCCUUUUGCUCGAUAUUUGGCAAUGAAUAAACUCACCAACAUUAAACGUUACCACAUAGCCAAAGUAUAUCGGCGGGAUAACCCAGCCAUGACCCGAGGUCGAUACCGGGAAUUCUACCAGUGUGAUUUUGACAUUGCUGGGCAAUUUGACCCCAUGAUCCCUGAUGCAGAGUGCCUGAAGAUCAUGUGUGAGAUCCUGAAUUCACUUCAGAUAGGUGACUUCUUGGUCAAGGUGAACGAUCGGCGCAUCCUAGAUGGGAUGUUUGCAAUCUGCGGGGUUCCCGAUAGCAAGUUCCGCACCAUCUGCUCCUCGGUGGACAAGCUGGACAAGGUGCCCUGGGAAGACGUAAAGAGUGAGAUGGUGGGAGAGAAGGGACUCGCACCGGAGGUGGCUGACCGCAUUGGGGACUAUGUCCAGCAGCAUGGUGGAGUGUCCCUGGUGGAACAGCUGCUCCAGGACCCUAAACUGUCCCAAAACAAGCAGGCCUUAGAGGGCCUGGGAGACCUGAAGCUGCUGUUCGAGUACUUGACCCUGUUUGGCAUCGCUGACAAGAUCUCCUUUGACCUUAGCCUUGCUCGAGGGCUGGACUACUACACCGGGGUGAUUUAUGAGGCAGUGCUGCUACAGACCCCAACCCAGGCCGGGGAGGAGCCCCUGGGUGUGGGCAGUGUGGCCGCUGGAGGGCGCUAUGAUGGGCUGGUGGGCAUGUUCGACCCCAAAGGGCGCAAGGUGCCAUGCGUGGGGCUCAGCAUUGGAGUGGAGCGGAUCUUCUCCAUCGUGGAGCAGAGGCUGGAGGCUUCGGAGGAGAAGGUGCGGACCACAGAGACACAGGUGCUUGUGGCAUCUGCUCAGAAGAAGCUGCUGGAGGAGAGACUGAAGCUCGUCUCGGAGCUAUGGGACGCCGGGAUCAAGGCUGAGCUGCUUUACAAGAAAAACCCAAAGUUACUGAACCAGCUACAGUACUGUGAGGAGGCAGGCAUCCCACUGGUGGCCAUCAUAGGUGAGCAGGAGCUCAAGGACGGGGUCAUCAAGCUCCGUUCGGUGGCCAGCAGAGAAGAGGUGGACGUCCGAAGAGAAGACCUUGUGAAGGAAAUCAAAAGGAGAACAAGCCAGCCCCUUUGCAUCUGCUGAAUCAACUGAGGAAAGUGGGACAGAGACUACUGGGGCUCAGACAAAACUCUACAUACAUACUCACAGAUCUGCACGCUUCUGUUCCAGCAGGAAUACCUGAAGGGUAGUCUGAACAGAGACUUUUUAUUUUUAUUAUUAUUUUAUUAGUAAUCACAGGCUAAAAAGGCCAGGAACUGUGCCAUUUUUCCAUAGGAGGCCCUGGGGGCUCAGUCCAGUCUGGGGUACAGGGACAGCCUCCUCUGCAGGGCCUUACACCAGGUGAAGAAACUGCUCCCCCAAACCAGUUGCCAAAGGUGCAAUAAAGUAUCUCAACCACUGGA